AUGACCGGUUUCGGGGAGGACGAGGUCGAAAUGACGAUGGCCGACUCCGACGAGACCGCUAUCGACGCAGGGGCGGGAAUGGACGUUCAGUUUGGCCCAUCAACCUCCUUCCUCGCGGCGGGCAAGGUGUUGGCAACACGGCUGACGCUGAACAAGAGGCAGUCCAUCGCUUUUCUGAUAAUAUGCCGCCAGCUCGAUUUGAUGCAGCAGACCGACGGGGCGAUGCCUGCCAGCUGCGCCAGUUCGUCGGCGGAGCGGUUCAUCCACGGCCAGUCUCGAAUGGAUUGGCAGGAGAAGGAUGUGCUCGUCAUCGACGAGGUGAGCAUGCUCGGGGCGCGGACGCUGCACGCCGUGAACGAGCGGCUUCGCCGGCUUCGCGGAUCGCGGCAAGAUUUCGGGGGGAUCCCCAUCGUCCUCUUCUGCGGAGAUUUUCAGCAGUUCCGGCCGGUCCAAGAGAGGUCGAUCGUCCUGCCUAGCGCGGCCAUCUCGUGGGACGUAGACAACUCGUUCAAGGCCGAGCAGCGUCACCAGCACGACAAAGCGCACGCACUGUGGAAGAGGUUCACGACGGUCGUCAUGCUGGACGAGCAGAUGCGCGCCGCCGGCGACCCGGAGCUGCAGAGGCUGCUGAAGCGGAUCCGUCUAGGCGUGCAGGAUCGGACGGAUCUAAACCUCCUCAACUCAAGGAAUCGGUGGAACCUGAACAUGGAGGCGAGCCUGGCGUUCCGGGUCCAGCAGCGGUCGACGAUGCGCAUUUUCAUCUCCGAGCACAAGUGGAAGGAGGAGCUGCCGACGGAGGAAGAGGCGAUCAUGAUACUCAACCAGGGCGACGAUAGCGCGAUCCCGGUGCCGGCCGUCUUCAUGUUCGUGGCCGGGAUGCCCAUCGUCGUGAACCACAACACCCACCAGGGGCUGAAGCUAGUGAACGGCGCGAGCUACUCGGCGGUGGAGGUCAUUGUCGACAAGGCGUACCCGGGGCAUCGGAUCUCGGCCGAUAUGACGAUCCACUUCGGGCCGCCGGCGGGGAUCAUUCUCGAAUCGGAGACGACGAGAUAUCUCCACUUCUGCCAGCGAAAAAGGCCGUGGCAACGCAACGACGUCAGCCGAAAGGGUUUGCCGUGCGCAGCAGCGUUCGCGUGCACGGACUACAAGGUGCAGGGCAAAACGCUGGAGCGCGUGGCCCUCGAGCUGCGAGGACACGGACGACGAAGAUGGAUGGAACGGUGGUGCCCUCGCAACGGCAUCAUGCUCGUGUCCAAGGUGCGGGACAGAGACUUGGUGGGCAACCGGGUCCCCGAGGAGAUGACUGCCGCACAGGCCAGGCUCGAGGUACUGAGCGAGAGGACCGUUGAGGAGGCGUUGCGCUGGCUGGACGGUGAUGCUGAAGAGUCAAGGCGGCCGCGCUAG